UAUAUACUCGGUUGCAUCUGCAAAAUUGAAUUUUUCGCAUGAGUUUACAUGUGUCAUUCUUGAUGAUUAUUUGCACAAUACGAUCAUGGAUAAAGAUUUACAACGUUGUCUAGACCUAUUAAAAGAGAACGACGAAAUCGUUCGAAGCAACGCAGAAAGUGCAUUAUUAACUGUCUGUCAAAACAUCUUAUCUCAUCCUAAUGACAAACAGUUCAGAGAGGUGUGUCUGGAGGACCCUAUAAUUGAGAAGCUGCUUCCUGCUAUUGGAGCUAUGGAAUGUUUAUUUGACAUUGGAUUUGUCGAGGCUGCCGACUCUCUGAUCUUACCACCGGAGGCGUCUCUCUGCAAGCUACUAGCUUUAGAAAAUCUUCUAUCCGAGAACUGCUCCUCUAGGAACAAUGUCAUAGACAAUACAGCAGCCUACAACUUGCUGCCGAAAACAACCGAUCCAUUGGAAAGAGCCUUGUUCACAAACAUUGUCCAUCACUUCCAAAGUGUGUUCCAGUACUACGAGAACCGACUUUUACAGACCAAAGCGAAGAAGCUAAUACCUAUCGCUGAACUUGAGAUAGCAACCAUGAAUAGGAUGAGAGAACUGCAAGAGCGUAUCAAGCUGAGUAAAGAGAAUCCAGAAACAAGUAACAAAACACAAUUCGAAGAGAACAACAUAGAUGUCAAGGAAUUGUUUCUAAUGGAGCUCACGCAUUGGUUUAAAUAUAAAUUUUUCACAUGGGUCGAUAGUCCCAGGUGUUCUAUGUGUAUGGGUAGUUGUGAAAUGCACAAGGUUGUAUCUUCUGAAGACCCCAGGUGUUCAAAUGUAGAGAUACACAAGUGUACCAAUUGUGACGCGUUUGUCAAAUUUCCGCGUUACAAUGAUCCGGAACCGUUGCUAACUCUAAGACGCGGGCGUUGCGGAGAGUGGGCUAAUGUAUUUAUGCUUUUCUGCUGUUCGUUGGGAUACGAUUCGAGAUUCAUAUGGGAUAAGACCGACCACGUUUGGAUAGAGGUAUGGUCCAUUAGUGAACAGCGAUGGAUCCACGUGGACCCGUGCGAGGACGUCAUAGAUCGUCCGUUAAUGUAUGAAAAGGGAUGGAAUAAGAAAUUGAAUUACGUAUUUGCUUUCUCGAAGGACGAAGUGCAAGACGUUACAUGGCGGUACACGCGGGACCAACCAGCUGUGAUGAAAAGAAGGAAUCUUUGUUCAGAGAACAAUCUAUUGCAAUUCAUUGAAUCGUUAAAUAAGUACCGACAGUGUUCUCCGAAUUAUAGUUCGUCGCGUAGGCAGUACGUGAUCAAACGCAGAGUAUUAGAACUCGUAGAAUUAAUACGUAUGCCCAGCGAUCAGAUGUCUGAUAACGAUAAAAGCUAUCAGGGCAGGACUACCGGUUCAUAUAAAUGGAGAUUGGCGAGAGGCGAGAUUUCGCAGUCGAGUCCAGGAGCAACCUAUUCCUGGGAUAUUUCGAAGUAUGGGGAAACAUUCCAUUUGUGUUAUUCGAUCGUUAAAGAUGUGUACAGGGUGAUGGAUGAUGAUGAUAGAAUGAUAGAGGAAGUGUCUGGUUGGCAAAAUGGUGUGAACGAGGUGCAAGGCGGGAUUUUUCGAAAAUCGGAGUCCGAUUGGAAAAUGGUGUACUUGGCUCGUUCUCCCGAAGCUGCUUCCGGGCAAGUGAAAUGGAAUUUUAUAAUUACAAAUCCGAAUUUAUGCGUGUCGACGUUUCACCUGCGAACUGUGAUAGCGGAGUAUCAAGGAGCGAGUGUAUUAUGGCAGUUAGAAGCAUUCUUUAAUAACACAGAACCUAGCAAAUCUUUAGUAUUUUCCGUAAACGAUUGUAACAAUUACUCCACGGAUCGAUUAGAGGGUUCGACAAAAUUAACUCUUACAGCCACUGUUCGCGGCGGCCAGGGUGACUGUGCAUGGCAACACGCGCAGCUUUUCCGACAAAGUUUAGAAAACAAAGGGGAUCGAUCCCUGAUAGUUAAUAUUCAAUUAAAAAAACGGUAGUCACAUACACUAAGAUAAUAGAUUCGCAAAGGUAAAAAAGUCCAGUAUCAAUAAUGAACACGUUCUGCAUUUAAUAUUUUGUUUAAUUAAAUAACCAUAGAGAACGAAGCGUUAUUGAACAGUUGCUCAUUAAGCAAGUAAUUAAACUGUAAUUAAAUUGUAAAUAAAGACGAGUCAUCGGGAGUUUAUAAGCUUGAAAAUGUUUAUUUCAUAUACAAAAUAAGCACACUAGAGAUGGCACUUUCGAAACAUCAUGUCCAAUGAAUAUCAAAUGAUUUGUCAACAAUAUUUUCACAAGCAAUGUUUGAACACAAUGCGUUUCCUCUCUCUCUCUCUCCUACGUUUUGGACAAUCGUUUGGUCAUCACAGCUUCAUCAAACAGUAACAUUAUAAAACAAUGUCUCGGCUGUUCUAACACAACAUGACCAAUCGGAAGUGCUUCAUAAAAUUAACAUCGCAGAAUUAUCUAUCGUUGUUCUUGAUCGGGUUUUGCACACACACACAGAGAUGCGAAACAUCAACGAAAAACAAUAAUUUACACAAUGUGCAAUGAGUUUUUAAAUAAACCAUAGAAUACCUUUUUUUUUCUUCUUACAAAGUUUCAUUUCUCUGCAAAAGUAUAGAGGAAUGAAGAAAAAGUAACUAAAUUACAAAAGUGUAACAACAUUACUGAAAUACAUUGCAGUACCGUGCCCAGUGAAAUGAAGUGACGUUUUAAAUAUUUUCCAAUACAAUUCGAAAGUCACGAGACGCAACAAAAAUUUUAGCGUACCGAAAUAACAUGUCUGCUUACGAUUAUUUAUUUACAUAUUGUUUGCAUACCCCAGCACCGAACAGCCUGUAAUAACAUAUUUAAUACACAUACAUACAAAAAAUAUUUAAUAUCUACAUUGUUACAUAACAUUUACGACUAUUUAAGUAAUAAAUUCGGAUAACCACGUCGCGCGGCUGUUUAUGCUGAUACUAAAUAAUGUUGCUUGAAAACGACGUAUAAAAUAAGAGAUAGGCACUGGUGUUCUGCGAUUUCACUUGGUUCGUCGUAACUUCUGUUACUGUCUGAUCGUCGUACUUAUACCAUCUAAAAAAGGCAAGGGAAAACAUGUUAUCCGUGGACGGUAAUAACACAAUGAAAAUAUAACACAUGACUAGAAAAUGUAUACACACUUGUUCUGGGUGGCAUUUUUACAAUAUGCCGUGUAAUGACCACCUUCCAUGGUUCCAUAGUGAUUAGACAUUGCGUAUAAACUAUAAUUAUAGCUACGAAUGUUCGAAAUUGUAGGUGUGUUGCUGUCUGUAACCAAAUAUGGUUUCAAAUUAAAGUCCGUCAGAGGAAAAUCGA